AAAAAAAAAAAUUCAUGAGAGUGUUGGCCCGGGAGGAAAGAAGAUGGUGCUGGAUCUGGAUUUGUUUCGGGUGGAUAAAGGAGGGGACCCAGCCCUCAUCCGAGAGACGCAAGAGAAACGCUUCAAGGACCCGGGACUAGUGGACCAGCUGGUGAAGGCAGACAGCGAGUGGCGACGAUGUAGAUUUCGGGCAGACAACUUGAACAAACUGAAGAACCUAUGCAGCAAGACAAUUGGAGAGAAAAUGAAGAAAAAAGAGCCAGUGGGAGAUGAUGACUCCAUCCCGGAGAAUGUACUGAAUUUCGAUGACCUUACUGCAGACACUUUAGCUAACCUGAAAGUCUCACAAAUCAAAAAAGUCCGACUCCUCAUUGAUGAAGCCAUCCUGAAGUGUGACGCUGAGCGGAUAAAGCUGGAAGCAGAGCGGUUUGAGAACCUUCGAGAGAUCGGGAACCUUCUGCACCCUUCUGUGCCCAUCAGUAACGAUGAGGAUGCAGACAACAAAGUAGAGAGGAUUUGGGGUGAUUGUUCCGUCAGGAAGAAGUACUCUCAUGUGGACCUGGUGGUGAUGGUAGAUGGCUUUGAAGGCGAAAAGGGGGCCGUGGUGGCUGGGAGUCGAGGGUACUUCUUGAAGGGGGUCCUGGUGUUCCUGGAACAGGCUCUCAUUCAGUAUGCUCUUCGCACCUUGGGAAGUCGGGGCUACACUCCCAUUUAUACCCCCUUUUUCAUGAGGAAAGAGGUCAUGCAGGAGGUGGCACAGCUCAGCCAGUUUGAUGAAGAACUUUAUAAGGUGAUUGGCAAAGGCAGUGAAAAGUCUGAUGACAACUCCUAUGAUGAGAAGUACCUGAUUGCCAUCUCAGAGCAGCCCAUUGCGGCUCUGCACCGGGAUGAGUGGCUCCGGCCGGAGGACCUGCCCAUCAAGUACGCUGGUCUGUCCACCUGCUUCCGCCAGGAGGUGGGCUCCCAUGGCCGUGACACCCGUGGCAUCUUCCGAGUCCAUCAGUUUGAGAAGAUUGAACAGUUUGUAUACUCAUCACCCCAUGACAACAAGUCCUGGGAGAUGUUUGAAGAGAUGAUUACCACCGCAGAGGAGUUCUACCAGUCCCUGGGGAUUCCUUACCACAUUGUGAAUAUUGUCUCAGGUUCUUUGAAUCACGCUGCCAGUAAGAAGCUUGACCUGGAGGCCUGGUUUCCGGGCUCAGGAGCCUUCUGUGAGUUGGUCUCGUGUUCUAAUUGCACGGAUUACCAGGCUCGCCGGCUUCGAAUCCGAUAUGGGCAAACCAAGAAGAUGAUGGACAAGGUGGAGUUUGUCCAUAUGCUCAAUGCUACCAUGUGCGCCACUACCCGUACCAUCUGCGCCAUCCUGGAGAACUACCAGACAGAGAAGGGCAUCACUGUGCCUGAGAAAUUGAAGGAGUUCAUGCCACCAGGACUGCAAGAACUGAUCCCCUUUGUGAAGCCUGCGCCCAUUGACCAGGAGCCAUCAAAGAAACAGAAGAAGCAACAUGAGGGCAGCAAAAAGAAAGCAAGAGACGUCACCCUGGAAAACCGGCUUCAGAACAUGGAGGUCACCGACGCCUGAACAUUCCUGCCUCCCUGUUUGCCAGGCUUUCAUUUCUGUCUGCCGAGAUCUCAGAGCCUGCCCAAGAGCAGGGAAGCCACGCACCCAUUCAUCGCCCUGCCCCCAUCUGAUUAUGUAGCUAAGAGGGGAACAGUGCCACGUACCGCACAGAUGUUCCUGUCUCCUCGCAUGGACAUAGGAACCCAUCACCGAUGACUGAUGAAACCGUGUAAUAAAGCAUCUCUGGGGAGGGCUUAGGACUGUU